GAAGUAAACAGGAUACUCAAAAUCAGACAUCCCCUGUAUUAUUCAAACAUUGGGCUUAGCCAGAUAUUCCCUUUUAUCUACUAUUUUUAAGAAAUGUAUUACGUUUAAUUUUGAUGACAACUGGAGUAAUCAAGCUCCUUACGGUAAUAAACCAAGUAUUGAAGAAGAUAAGAAUGUAUCAAAUGAGGCCGUUAAGUUCAAGCAAUUGCCAAAAGCUCCUUCACCAUCUUUAAAAGAUAUCCUGGAUAAAAAUGUUCGGAGUGACUUUGAGCUCAUUCAAAGGCACAGAGAUAAAGGUUAAGAUAUUCCCUAAUCUUUAGAAAAAGAUGUCGCUGAAAAUGUUAAAAUUGAGGAUGUGGAAUUCGCUCCUGGAGGAAUGAGCUCAAGAGAUUUCAAGAAUGCAAGUGAAGUAGCAAAGAAGCGAGCCCAAGCUAUUGUAGACAAUUCCUACAAGGACUUAUCAGUCCUUGGAUUUGGAGUCUACUCCUUCUUCUAUAUUCUAGAAAUGCUGAUGAUUCUCUUCUUUGUGCUCUCGCUUAUUGCUGGUUUUACGAUGGGGCUUUACUUCUAUUAUGGCAAUAGCAAAUAUUCAAGUAGUCUUUUUGAUUUUAUUGAGAUGGGAAAUCUUGGUUAUUCCUCAAGCUUUUGUAAAGAUAUACCCCUUGGAGUAGGCCAGAUGACUUUAGAUUGACCAACAGGAGUUAUUAGCCACAUCGAAUCAUAUGGAGUCACUCCUUCAAAUGGGAGGUAUUUAGAUGGCUGUAAACCAAAUCAAGAUACAUGGAAAUGAGAAGGUGUUUACUCUGCUCAAUAUGUGGAAGAGUAUAUCGAGGAAGAAUGCAUGGGUAAAAAGUCCUGACUUCUUGAAACCAGGUCAUUUGUUGAUCCUGCAUCAGAGCCCCCAGAAUGAGUGGAAUAUACCUCCCAAUUCUUCGUUCAAGUGUUCUGAUAUAUUCCAGAAGAUGAACUUGAAAACAAACUGUGGAUAAAUAAAAUCCUAACAUACGAAGUUAUUGCUAUAAAUGUGCUAUUUCUUGCGUUCUGAUUUUAUGUCAGUCAAAGGCUGAAAGGAAAAUAUACUGAAUGGGACCAUAAAACCACAACAAUAUCUGACUACACCGUAAAAUACGAUCUGCCAGAUGAUUUGUAUAAAUAAAUUUAUCAGCUAUAUUUAUGACUUCAGUGGACAAGAUGUUGCAGGAGAAUCCGAAGUCUAUGCUUUUAAGAAGUUCCUUAGAGACGAAAUCUCAAAAAUGCUCAGAGAAGAAGAACCAUCCAUAGCUGAUGACGAUAAUUUACUUGGCAUUGUUGACAUUCAGUUUACUUUUAAGCACUAUCGAUUGAUUCCAUUAAUGAUUAAAAGAGGUAAAGCCAUUCUCGAUGAAAAUGAUUCAAAAAGAAAAGAAAUAGAAAAGAAAAUUCUUUAUGAAUACUCAAGUGACUAUACUACUCCAAUAGAGGCAUACAUCAUUUUUGAAAAUGAAGAAGCGUAUCAAAGAUCUUUACGUAUGAACUACACCAGAGUCUGUUGCUUCGAUUUCACAGAGCAUCAUAUAAAUGUCCAGAAGGUUGCAACAACAAAAUCUAAAGAGUUUGACUUCUCUAUCAAAACAGUUAUCCAGCCUACAAAUAUAAGAUAUGAGAAUAAACAUAAAUCUCGCUGGGAGUCAUUUGCAAGGUGGAUCGUGGCAAUAACAAUUAUUGGAAUUGUAAUGGUCAUAGGGUUUACAUUACUUUUAAUAACACAGCAAACUAAAGGUUUACUAAACAGAUCUUACCCAGAGAUUGAUUGAGAGCUCCUCUCUGAAUCAUAUGCAUCAAAAGCAAUGUUGCUAAAAUUUGCAGUUACUGAAUGGUAUAACAUCCAUGACCAAGGAAUAUCAAGAGAAUCUAUACUAAAAUUAUCUACCUCAAAUCUACAGUGAUAUUGCCAAAACCUACAGUCUGAGCUUGGAUACAGGAAUGCAUCCCAAAAGAUUUACAAAGUACAGACGAGAGGUAUUAUCCUCGAAGCUCCUCUAUGAAGAGACUAUUUAUUCGCUAAAAGAAUAGUAAUUGCGAGUGUUUUUCUUGGACCUGCUAUCCUUGAAACCAUUAAUUUUGGCAUCAGGGCAGCUAUUAACUUGUCAAUGAGAAUUCUUAGAAUGGAAAACAAGACAAUAGAAGCAUCAACUGCAAUGGUUAUAGACUUUAUUCUGACCUUCUUUAAUAGUUCAAUUGUCAUUCUAAUAAUGAACGCUAACUUCAAAGAAACAGGGUUACCAUUGAAGUUUAUAAAUGGAUAUUAUACUGAUUUUAAUGCUAAAUGGUAUAUUAUAGUCGCACCAAUUUUUAUCACACCGAUGUUCAUUAGGUGUGUAUUACAACCUGUAAAGAUGAUUGUUGGAUGGGUGCUCAAAAAGCUCUUGAUCAUUUUUGAUAAAAGAAGAUAUAUUCUUUCAAAGAUCUGAUUCUCAAUUCUUAAAAGGAACGAUAAAAAUAAUAGAACUGGAGUGUUUACAAACAAAAAGACAAAUCUUGAAUUUGCCAAUCUCCGUUCAGGAGGGACACUUAACCUUCAUAGUCCAUACUCUCAAGUGCUUGUUGCUAUCAUGAUAUGCUUUAUGUACGGGCUUGGUUUACCGAUUCUGUUCCCUCUUACUUUCUUCUUUAUUGCUGUAAUUUAUUUAACUUUCAAGAUAGGAGUGGUUUAUUGGUUCCAAAGACCACCUCAAUUUGAGUCGGCUCUCAGCACAAUCUUUCUCUACCACCUCAAAUACGCAAGCCUACUCUUUUGAGGAUUCUCUUACUGGAUGCUAUGCAACAGACAAAUGUUUGAGAACCAUGUCCUCGGGAAAGAAUUCCAAGAUGAAGUAGAAUACAAUGACCACUCUAUCUUCUAUGUUCCAAGGGAUCACAGGAUAUUCCUUCUGACGUUCUUCUUUGCUUGCUGAGCGUACAUCUGGUUCUACGAAGUAUCCUUCGACUGUCUCAAUAUCGUAUUUUCAUCUUCAGUCCGUCAAGAGGCCAAAGAAUUUGAAGGAUUAAGAAGUUUCUACAAGACCUUAAGUCACAAAAAUUUGACAAACUGGGUCUUUGAAGAGACUCUUGUUAGGAACCAAUUUGGAUACAAAAAGCUUUUUGAUAGCACUUAUGAACGACUUCUACAAGAGCAAGGAAUCAGAGGGCUAUUUAAGAAAUAUAAUGUAGAUGAUCUGCUUCAAAAAGGCUUAUGGGAUGAAUCUAGCUACGAUAUUCUAUCACUUCCUGAAUACUAUGAGCAAGUAGGCUAUAUGCCUAUCGCAGAAAGAAACGAGUCAAACCAUAAGAAAGAAAUGGAUCAGGUUAUUAAUGACACAAGGAGAUUAUUUGAUUAUCCAUAUUUCCGUAAAUUCCAAACAUUACAGAAUGUAUUCAUCUCUAGUAACCCAAAAAUGAUAAAAGAGGAAGAGAACAAAGAGGAAAAUAAGGAAAAUAAGGAUGAAAUAAAACCGUUAUUUAGAGAUUUUGAAGCAUCAUAA